AUGCUGGCACCGCCCUCCGACCCUCCCACCACCAUCGGCCAUAUGGACUCCUCGGAGGCGGUCGCGGAUUCCCUGCACGCGUCGAUGGUCCUGGACUUUGAGCGAAAUGCCGCCUUUGCCCGGGGCCUGCGGCUGUCCCUUGAGCAGCUUCACCUCCAACCGGACCGACGUCCAGCGGGCGGUCUGAAAGUGCUGGACAUCGGCACAGGCAGCGGGCUACUGGCCUUGCUGGCGGCCCGAGUGGCUCCUCCGGGGGUUGUGAGUGAGGUAGUUGCUUGCGAAGCGGUGCCCCUCGUGGCUGCGGCUGCCCAGAGAGUGGUCCGUGACAACCCCCCGGGCGAGGCCAGCUGCACGUCCGGCUCGAGGCACCCGGCCCCGGUGCGGGUGCUUGCCAAGAGGAGCACCUCAUUGCUACCCAACAGACAUCUCGGCGGCCCAGCCGACCUUCUGGUGACCGAACUCCUGGACAAUGAGAUGGUCGGCGAGGGGUUGCUGGCCGUUGUGCGGGAUGCUCGCCGGCGGGGCUUGCUCAAGCCCGGCGCGCCUGUGGUCCCAGCUCGGGCAACCCUCUACAUGCAGUUGGUGGCCGUGGCCCCCUCGGUGUCGGCCUCCUUCUCGUGUGCCGGCGCGCAGGUGGGCGUCGGCCCGGCCGGCGAGACACUGCACUUUCAGUCGCCCACCUUGCCGGCUCACGGGUCGGCCAUUCCCUGCCACGCCCUCCCGGUGCCCCUCUCCGUGCAGGUCAACUCCCCAUCCAUGAAGGGCAAGAUCCAGCCACUGACCCUGCCCUGGCGAGCGUUGAGCUUUGACCUGCGCGAGCAUCCCGAGCGCCCGUGGUUCGGCGAGUGCCCGGGGGCCGAGCAUCCCGCCCCCCUGUACCGUGACAUCGAUGGCAGUGACAGCGAGGCCGAUGCCUGGGCGAGCCAAACCGACACCGGUGAUACGACCGAUGGCUAUGACAGCGAGGAUGACUGCGGCGAUGAGCCGGAGUUUAGUCGAUCCGCUUGCGUCCCUCUCCUGCCUCGGACCCCCGGCACCGGCGGUGGUCCCCCCGUGGCCGAGGCUCUGCUUGUGUGGUGGACGGCCGACCUCUUCCUUCCCGACUCCAUCCCCAUCCCGGCCGACAAUGAGCCAUCCAUGGCCGGGCACUUGGCCGACGACGAUGCGGCCUUCAUCUCGGAGCAGUGUGGGUGCCCUGCCAGCGAGCAGCUACAGCGUGGGUGUGAGCAUGCCUUCCGGCCGUUGCGCAUCAGCACCGCCCCCGAAUGGGCAGCCUCCGGCUGUCCAGAUGCCCUGGCUGCCGGGCCGUACCCCUGGCGUGAUCACUGGACACAGAUCCUUUGCCCUCUGGCCCGGCCGUUUCCCCUUGCGGGGGACGAAGCGCCCACCUCGGUGACUCUCGGCGUGUGGCAUAAUGCCUGGGCCAUGUGGGCAGAUGCUCGGCCCGGCGCCGACCCGGCUCCUGCCUCGGACUUCCCGCCCGCCGGCCCGGGGAGUUGCCACUGCCGGCUGCACCAUCGCCUGUCGCGUGAGCGCAUUGCCCAACUGAAUCUCGGGCCGGGGUAUUGGCUGCCACAGCGCCGGGCAGCGGGAUGGGCUCUUGACCGGGCGACAUCCCCCGGGCUCGGUGGCUCUCGACGUGUUCUCGUGCGCGCAGAUGACCAUGCCCUGCCUUUGGUGAUUGUGGCCGCGGCCCUUGAGCAGGACUUCGCAGGGGUCAUCUUCAUCAGUCACCUAAGCUCCAGUCCGGUGGCGGCCACCGAGACGGCCCUCGCCGCGGCCUUCCCCGAUGUGCACAUUGUGGCCGGGCGACUGGGAUCCUGGCCGGGAGAUGUCCUGGCUGAUGGGCAUCCCCCGGGGGCGCUGACUGUGCGUCUGCUCCCGCACUGUGCCCUCUCGAAUGCCCCCCACGCGGCCCCUUGGGAUGUCUUCCUGCAGGAGCCUUUCCUCGGCGCGUGCCAGGGGCAGCUGCCCUGGCUCGAGGCACUCGGCGCUUGGGGCAUGGCCCGACAGGCGCUUGACGCCGGCAUUGCCAAUCUGGCGCCCGGAGGCUUUUCCCUGCAUGCGCAGCUGGCCGCUCUGCCGGAGCUGUGGCAGGCGCAUGCACCCCUGCCCCGGCCGCUGCUCGUCGAUUGGUCUCUCCAUGAGACGCCUUGGGGCCGGUCGAGCUCCCGGCCAGCCCCCCUUGCUUUGGAUUUGGCGCACUUUUCCUCGGUCACCGGGUCGCUCGACUCGGCUGCGGUCGUGCAAGGUGAUGGCUGGUCCUCCCUCUGCGAGGCAUAUGCCCUUGGGCAAUAUCCCCACCGGCUGCUGGAUACCCAAGCCGAUUUGGGAGACACUUGCCCAAAUCCGGCCGUCUGGAGGGUCGACUUUUCCGCCGACGCGCUGCCAGCGCCAGGGACUGGUGCCACUCUCGUAGCUCGAGCCCUGCUUCGUUGCAAAAGCCCCUCGGACAGGCAUCUGGCCGAUUCCAUUGUUUUCUCCAUUCGGUAUGCCGGCCCCGGGGAGCCCCGGGCUGAUGAUUCCCCACUUGCCGAGGCUGCCCAUUGGCUGAAGCAUGGUGUGCUACUUCUCCCCCCGGGGGAGGAGAACGCGCACGCCAUUGAGCUGGAGGUUUGGCUAAGCCCUGCCCCUGUGGAUGGCGAUGAUGAUGACAGCAAGGAUGUCACGCCUCAGCUCCGGCUCCGUGCUCGCCGUGUUGACCAUCUGGCCCCGUAA